AUGCAUGAGGCUCAUUCUAACAGCCAGUGCAUAUUAGCACUCAAGAGACACCAGGAGGGAAGGAGUAAACUUGUAGGAGCCGGCAGAGUUUUUCUAAGUAAAGCUGGAAACCUGAUCCCCACGCCCUCUCUUCGGCUGGGGCCGGGUGCCUUGAUCCUAGAAAUAGCAACUGUGAAGGCAAAACGCACCGGCGCCUUUUGGUCGCCUAAAGGUAGUUUUCCUCCCCUAGCCGAAGCACGCAGAGCGCCGGAGCGUAUUAUUUUUAGGGUGGUGGGAGAUCAGCUGCUGCCUCCUAUCGGGUUUCUAAAUUACACAAACUGCUCUGAGCUGGGGCGGACUCGGCGACUCCGAGGCAGGAAACUGGGCAGAAGCCCCGAGCGCAGCGCCUCGGUCUGGAGACCCUCCCCACCCCCGCGCGGCCCAGCUUUCUGCAUCGGCGCGCAAACCUGGGGUGCGCGGCUCUCUACGCGCCCUUCGAUUAACCCCGCAAGGAAGCGAGCGGGUGGGGGGCUUCAUCACCUGGCCCCCCGAGCGGACCGGGGAAAUGAGGGGCUCGCUCCAAGCAGGGGAGCCCGCUGCCGGGCUGUGCGCUGCGUGCGAACAUCUCACGAGCGAGACAGGCUCCAGUCGGAUGCUCGCCCCAGCGACUCGGGAAUCCUGGCGGCUUCUCCGGACCGGCGAGCGCCGCGCUCCUUUGGGGCGACCCUUCCUCCAGCUCCCCGAAAGUGGGGCUUUGGUUCCCACGAGCAUUCCUCCCACCCCUGCUCCCGACCAGAGAGACGAUUAAUUCUCAAGGACAUAAUGUGUUUAAGAUACACUCAGCCCGCGGUCACUCCCCGCAGGACGCGAGCGGCGGAUUUUGCCCCAGCCGAGCCCUCUUCGAUUAACACUCGGUUUUCUCCGGGGUCGGGACUCAGUCAUCCCGAAACAACCAUGGUUUUCAGCAAGUGUCGUAAACUGAUGGAGGACGGGUGGCGGGCUGGGGCCUCCGAGGCUCCGCGCGCGACCCCCAGGGGCACCGCUCCGGGCCCGAACCCCCAGGCCCGGCGGCCUCUCGGCCUCUCCGACCCCGGGGGCAGGAAGCGACCCCCGCCGCGCUAGCCCCGGGGGGGGUCCCCAAGGGCGCCCCUCUCCGGGGAAGGUCGCUGCGCUCCCAGUGAGCGCCGGGCCUGGUCCAACCCCUGACGCUGGAACGCGCGGCCCCGGGAGGCCUGCGCUGCCCGUGGGGCGGCCCCGGGAGGGUCCCGAAGACCCGAGCCCUGAGGCCUUUGGAAGUUCAGCGGCUGCACCCCGGAGCUGGAGGCCACCACGCAGGCGCAGGGAGAAGAGCACGUGCUUCAAGAACCGGGAGCCGGGUACUGUGGGUGGAACCCGGACGACCCGGGCUGCCCCGGCAUCUGGGCAGAGAGAACUGGAAAUAGGGGGGCGCAAAUAACCCCCAGACACAGGCUGCAGCAAAUCAAGUAGACUUGGGUUUUUUGGGUUUUUUUGUUUUACUCUUUUUACUAAGUUCAUUUAUAAAGAUUCAAGUCACGGAAUUGUAGAAACUUAGGGAAUUAUGGAAAAGCAUGUGAGAACAAUGAAUCCCAAACCUAUAAAACUGCUGAAAAUAUAUUGUUAUAGUUUAACAAACAAAAAAGAACACUUUAGUGCAAUGAUUCAAAGUAUGGAUGCAGGAGCCCGCUGCUGUCAUAUCCCCACUUCUUACCUCAGAGAUUUUGGACAAGUCGCUCAGUCCUUCGUGUUGCAGUGUCUUUACCUGCUCAAUGGGACAAAUAAAAAAUACAUAUGUUUCAUAGGCCUCCCAUGAAGGUGUACAACAUAGUGAUGAGACGAUUAUAUACGUUAUGGAAAUGCUCACCACUG